AAAGCACUUUCGUUAUGAAUAAAAACUUGGGGUGUAAACAAACCACUUAAUAAAUAGAAAACAAACUAAACCAAAAAUGGAUACCCUGUGUCGCGUUUGCAUGCUGAGCUCAAAGGACAUGAUAAACAUUUUCGAUGGAAACCCAGAAUCCGAAACAUCUAUUGCGGAUAUUAUUUCUCACUAUAUUGGAUUGGAAGUUACACGAGGAGAUUUAUUUUCUGAAACUAUUUGCGCACUGUGCCUGCAGGAUGCCCGAGAUUAUAGGAUUUUGGGAAGUUCUGAGCAAAGCCAGCAGAUCCGCCCUCAAGUAAAGCAAGAAAAUGGGGUUUAUAAGGAGGAUUUUCUGCAGGAGGAGGUGAAUCAAAUAUUACACUGCCAAGUGAAGGAGGAGUCCAUUGAGAAGGAUUUAUUGGUGGAGGUGGUCUACGGGAUACCAGACUGCAAGAGAGAUAUAUCCUUUUCUGCUCAAGGGGUCAGGUACCAAGUGAAAGAAGAGCAAACUGAACAAGAGGGAGCCCAGCAGUUCUAUGGCCAAAAUUGCCAUAAAAAAAGUAAGAAUAUUGAAGUCUGUGAUACCAACGAUAUUGAUGUGGAUUAUCAGGGCCCAUUCAAGUGCCUACUCUGUGAGCAGAGCUUUCCACAUGAAUGGAGUCUUCAAGUGCAUGCUCGUAUCCACGUUGGAAGAUGGCCCUUUAAGUGCACCCAGUGCCCCAAAUCAUGUCGAACUGCAGGGGAUCUUAGGCUCCACAAUCGAAUUCACACCGGGGAACGACCGUACCAAUGCGAUUAUUGCGAAAAGUCAUUCAGGGAACGCCAGGGCUUAAAGGUCCACAUACGAGUUCACACAGGAGAACGUCCCUAUAAGUGCAGUUAUUGCGAAAAGACCUAUAAGGAGCGGAAAUCACUCAGGGUUCACAUCCGCAAUCACACAGGCGAUCGGCCAUACAAGUGUUCCUACUGCCACUCUUCAUUUGCGGAUCCAUCCAGCCACAGAAGUCACAUAAAGAUCCACACGAGAAAAACGAUUUAAUAAUGAAUUAACUAUUUCGAAUAUACUGCAUGUAUAGGUAAAAAGUACAAAUGAGAGUAAAUAAGAAUUUUCAGUUUAUAGCUUUUAGUUUAUCUUUUACA